CUUAACACCGACAACGCUGCGUUUAAUAUUAUUCUCCCGUCUCUCAACGAAUCUCCUAAACUCACAAUGACACCUUCCUUAUCACCACUCAGAUCUCACCACGUGGCCGUCAUCGGAGCCGGAGCCGCCGGUCUAGUCGCGGCGAGGGAGCUUCGCCGGGAAGGCCACUCCGUCGUCGUCUUCGAGAGGCAGAAACAGGUCGGAGGAACAUGGAUAUACACCGAUCACGUGGAGCCGGAUCCGCUGAGCGUUGACCCGACCCGGCCCGUCGUUCACUCGAGCGUCUACGCCACUCUCCGGACCAACCUCCCCCGGGAGUGCAUGGGGUACAGAGACUUCCCGUUCGUGGUGCGGUCUGGCGAUCCGAGGAGGUUUCCGAGCCACGCAGAGGUUCUUGCGUACCUGCGAGAGUUCGCGAAGGAGUUCGCGAUCGAGGAGGUGAUACGGUUCGAGACGGCGGUUGAGAGGGUGGCUCCGGCGGCGGAGGGUGGGAACGGGAAGUGGAGGGUUGAGUCUACGGAGAAGGAGAAGAGGGUUCGUCGCGAUGAGGUUUACGAUGCUGUUGUUGUUUGUAAUGGGCAUUACAUUGAGCCUCGUCUCGCUGAGAUUCCUGGGAUACGUUCUUGGCCAGGGAAGGAGAUGCAUAGCCAUAACUAUCGUAUCCCUGAACCUUUUAAAGACCAGGUUGUUGUGCUUAUUGGGAACUCUGCAAGUGCUGUUGAUAUAAGUAGAGACAUUGCUGGACAUGCCAAAGAGGUUCAUGUGGCUUGUAGGUCAAAUGCAGCGGACACCUUUAUCAAACAGCCCGGUUACAGCAACCUGUGGAUGCAUUCGAUGAUUGAGCGUGUAGAUGAGGAUGGUUCUGUGGUUUUUCAAAACGGGCAAACGAUUUUGGUUGAUGUUAUUAUGCAUUGCACUGGGUAUAAGUAUCACUUCCCGUUUCUUGAAACCAAUGGAAGUGUUACCGUAGAUGAUAACCGUGUCGGUCCAUUGUACAAAGAUGUCUUCCCCCCAGCAUUAGCACCGUAUCUCUCCUUCAUCGGGAUACCAUGGAAGGUUGUGCCGUUUCCUUUGUUUGAGCUGCAAAGCAAGUGGAUCGCGGGUGUUUUGUCGGGUCGGAUUAUGCUUCCAUCUAAAGAAGAUAUGAUGAAAGAUAUCAAAUCCUUCUAUGCAACACUUGAAGCUCAAGGGAUUCCAAAGCGUUAUACUCACCGUAUGGGCAUUGCCCAAUUUGAGUACGAUGAUUGGUUGGCUACGCAAUGCGGAUGCCCAGGAACAGAGGAGUGGAGGAAAGUGAUGUAUUUAACGACUGGUGUGAGGAAGAGAGCAAAACCAGAGACAUACAGAGACGAAUGGGAAGAUCAUCACUUGGUUUCUCAAGCUUAUCAAGAUUUCGCUUUAUAUUCCUAUUAACGGAAGGUCUUUUAAUUUUCUUUCUUGCGAAAGACGUUCUAGAACUCAAUUAUUUUCGUAAUAUAGUAAAAAAGAAAAAAACUGUUUAGCUAAAAGAAUAUCAUAAUCUUGGGAAUAAAGCAAUUGUGGAA